CAGACACUAGUUUUCUCUCCGGUUGUUGUUACAAUCAAAUUUUCUGUCGGAAAAAUGACUUCGUUUCUUAGUUUCUCCGCCAUUUCAGCUCAUCCACCUACUUUUUCCGGCGCUUCAUUUCGUCCCCGCACUUUCUCUCCCCGAUUGUUCAAGUCUUGUGUUAAGUGUACUUAUGCUGAAGCUGGAUUAAGCAGCGAUUCAUGGUCAGCUCCUAUUGACGUUGUGGCAGAUGUCAAAUCCGAAAGGGUUGUAGUUCUUGGUGGCAAUGGUUUCGUUGGCUCAGCUAUCUGCAAAGCAGCAAUCUCCAAUGGUAUUGAGGUUGUGAGUGUUAGCAGGUCGGGUCGUCCUAACUUCGAAGGAUCAUGGUUGGAUCAGGUUACAUGGGUUACUGGUGAUGUUUUCUAUUUGAAUUGGGAUGAAGUACUUCUUGGUGCUACUGCUGUAGUUUCAACCAUUGGUGGUUUUGGAAAUGAAGAACAGAUGAAAAGAAUCAAUGGUGAAGCUAACGUUACCGCUGUGAAUGCUGCUAAGGAUUUUGGGGUUCCUAAGUUCGUCUUGAUCACGGUUCACGAUUACAAUCUUCCGCCAUUUCUUCUCUCCAACGGAUAUUUCACCGGAAAACGUAAUGCGGAGGCAGAACUUCUUUCCAAGUAUCCCACCUCAGGAGUUGUGCUAAGACCCGGUUUCAUAUACGGGAAACGAAAAGUGAACGGAAUCGAGGUCCCACUUGAUCUAGUCGGGGAGCCACUAGACAAGAUCUAUGAUUCCGCAGAGAGGUUCAUUAGACCGUUGAGGUCUCUCCCUGCAUCUGAUCUCAUCUUGGCUCCACCGGUUAACGUCGAUGAUCUAGCACUUGCUGUGAUUAACGCCGUUAAAGAUGACGACUUCUUUGGCAUAUUCACUAUUGAACAGAUCAAAGAAGCAGCUGCAAAAAUGAGAGUGUGAAGAGUCUUUAGAUACUAUUAAGUGGGUGUUAUUGGUUUGUGGGUGGAGUUUUAUAGACUAAAUAAAUAGCUUCGUCAAAUUUGUAAUGUAUAUCAUUUGUAAAACGUAUAUAUGGGUAACGUUGUUAAGUCGAUGAUCUAUUUACUCCUCAAUGUACAUGGGUCUAUUUGCAUAAUUCAAAAUAGAAUAACAAGCGGUAU